AUGGAGGCGGUUGCCCAGGGCGGCCGUGAAUCCUUCCCUCAGAUCGUUACAUGCCCUCACGAGAUGGUUGCCAUGAGCAUGGCCGACGGCUUCGCCCGUCUCACCGGCGAGCCGCAGUGCGUGCUGGUACAUGUCGAUGUGGGAACACAGAUGCUGGGCUGUGCGAUGCACAACGCUUCCGUCGCCAGGUGUCCAGUUCUGGUCUUUGCGGGGCUCUCCCCCUUCACGCUCGAGGGCGAGAUGCGAGGUUCCAGGACGGAAUACAUACACUGGCUGCAGGAUGCGCCGGACCAAAAGCAAAUUGUGGCCCAAUACUGUCGCUAUACGGCAGAAAUCAAGACCGGGAAAAACAUCAAGCAGAUGGUAAAUCGGGCACUUCAGUUUGCGACAAGCGACCCCAAGGGACCCUCGUACCUAGUUGGGGCACGAGAGGUCAUGGAAGAGGCCAUCACACCAUAUGAUCUGGAUUUGGAUUCAUGGACAAACGUGGCACCAGCGGCUCUUCCUCCUUUUGCAGUCGAGGAAACUGUGUCACUUCUUGCAUCUGCACAAAGCCCUCUAAUCAUAACAGGAUACUCGGGCCGCAAUCAUGCCACAGUUCCGCAGCUUGUGGCGCUGGCGGAGUCGAUUCCUGGCAUCAAGGUGUUGGACGCCCUGGGCAGCGAUGUGUGCUUCCCGUAUACACACCGCUCUUCCCUUGGUGUCCGCAUCGGGCGCGAUCAAAGCAUCACAGACGCGGAUGUCAUCCUGGUCCUGGAUUGCGAUGUGCCCUGGAUACCUACACAAUGCCAGCCACGAAAGGACUGCAAAGUGGUACAUGUCGACGUCGACCCUCUGAAGCCCGGCAUGGCAGUUCACUAUAUCCCGGCGUUCAGGCGCUACAGGGCCGACAGCGAGACAGCACUCCGUCAGCUUAACGCUUAUAUAGCUUCGACGGAGGAAUACAGCAGGCUCCCGGAAACUGAGCCGUACGCAUCUCGAUGGGUUCGGCUGGCCAAAUCAAGGGAAGACUCUCUUGCCGAUAUCGCGAAUCGCGCGGCUCCUCCAAAAGCCAAGGCGGAUCCUCCUAGUGCAUCACACCUCUGCUCCAAGUUGCGUGAGGCAUGCCCAGGAGGCACAAUCUGGUGUGUUGAGGCAGUGACAAAUGCCAUGGCUGUUUACGACCAGCUCCAGGUCGACAAGCCAGGCCACCUGGUGAACGCCGGCGGCGGCGGCCUUGGUUGGUCUGGCGGUGGUACACUCGGGGUCAAGCUCGCAUCCGACUGGAAGGCUGGGGGGACAGGAAAAGGCAACUUUGUCUGUAGUAUUGUUGGUGACGGGACGUUCUUGUUUGGCGUGCCGGGAACUGCGUACUGGAUCGCAAUGCGGUACGAGAUCCCGACCUUGACUGUCGUUCUGAGCAACAAAGGAUGGAAUGCGCCUAGGAACUCUGUGACGCUUGUGCACCCUGAUGGAUGUGCCGCUCGCCAGUCGAGCGAGGAGCUCAACAUCUCGUUUGCUCCUGUCCCAGAUUAUUCCGGGAUCGCGAAGUCGGCAGCUGGCGGAAGCGCAUGGGCCUACAUUGUCCGAAAUGUCUAUGAUCUCGAAAAAGCGCUUCCUGAGGCUGUCAGACAAGUCCAGGGAGGGGUCUCGGCGAUACUAGAAGUUCGAUUAAGCCAGUUCUAG